AAAUAUGGUGCAGUGUGCCUAUCCUCAAACGACCUUCAACGAUUUACUGAGUGAAAAAGCCUUGGAUUUUGUCUUGGAUUGCAAUCACAUUUCUCUGAAAAUGUCGAAAACAUUUAACCAGAGCGAUAACUUCAACUCUCUCAACGAGUCUGCUUCGAGGAAUGUCGAAGGGCGAAGGCAUUCUGGGUUUUGUGUGCCCUCGAUUUUGAUUGAAGAUUGGAGUGAGGUUAACUUCGAAGAAACUCUGGCUUCUUCUUCUUCUCGAGGUGCCCCGACAGCUCUCAAGGGUUUGGUUGAACCACUCCGCUCCUGUAACCGCCAAAUGUGUCCUCAAGCAGUAUUGCAAGACUGCAAGUCACUCUGCCAAACCGUAUAGACUAGAUUAUUAUUUUAUCAGAAGAUAGACAGAAAGACUGUGUACUCUAACGUUAUCAGGCGAUAUAUAAUCAGAAGGGCUGUAUACCAAUACUAGUCGUGUAAACAGAAGAAAACGCGGACUGGCUGACAAAAGGACCAGCGAAUUCAUCUCUCACAUCUAGGAUUUUUUGUUCAACUUGAGCGACUGGCCGUCUAGGAGCUUUGGCUCUAUUUUGACAAAAGCCCGUAAUGAUUUAAGGAUUUCCUUUUACAAAUAUAGAAGUGAUUCAGAAAAGCAAAAUUUCAAUUGAGUGGGAAACAUGUACACCGUAUUUAGGCGUGUCAGUCAGUGAAUGACAUCAAUAUUCGUCCGUCGCUUUUUUAAUCAAAGCCAUUUGAAUGUCAUAGUUCAGUUCCUCGAUUUUCCUGCUCAAUGAAAUCUUCUCAAUCAGCAAUUUACUAUAUUUUUUGACUUGUUUUUCUUCAAAUUAGUGCAGAUGAACGGGAAGUCAGAAGUCAGGGAACCCGAAUUUGAAAAAAWAWAUAUAUAUAUGUCAAAUGUCGAUCAGAAAAUCAUAUAUCUAAAGCCAGAGGACGAGUAGAGCUUUGUUGAGAUAUUUGUACUAAAGUCUAGCUCCCUCAAACCUCAAACACUAGAACUCACAAACCUCCGUAUUUAUAGUGAAAAACCUUUUCUAAUCCACGCGUUAAGCUUUGGUACUGCAAGCUUUUCAUGUGAAAAAAUACAGUGUUAUCAAUGCGGUUUGAGAGUAGUUACGUAUUUGUAGGAAAAUUUCAAAGCCUACCACUAUCUGUAUAAACGAAGCUUAGCAAUUAUACUUCAUCAUAAGAAAAAGAUUAGCGUCGUAAAUAUAUAGAUUAUUAGCAACUUAAAACCAAAAUUUUAUGUAUUGUUCAUUGCCAUCUUAUCGCCUUUUCAAUAAAACUAUUACUAACUAGAUAAAGCAUAUCAACUAAAGCGAGAAACAAAAAGGUCGCUAUAAAUAAACCGAACUGAUUUAUUUAUCAUUGUGAUCUCAUAGGAAGUUAUUGUGAACGUCACACAGAAAUAUCCAGACUCUGUACAUAUCUUUGUGAAAUCAAAUAUUUAUGAAUAAAACCACGUAUUUUGUAUACGUA